AUGGUUCCCACCAUAGAGAGGGCCGAGCCCUUCCUCCCCCCCCAAUUGCGUGCUGAUUGGCGGCGGAGUCGGGAGAGCCCGCCCACCGCGCGGAGAGACGAGGCUCCUCCCCUUCCCCCUCCUUAUAAGCCUCCGUCUCCCUGCGCCGUUCUGUGGUCGGGUGUUUUCCCCCGCCCCCUAAGGUCACGUGGUGCGGGGAGGCCCGUCUCCGGAAGCGACGUCAUCGCCAGGCGCAGGGUGGCGUGGGGCGUCGCUGCCGGGGGAGAAGGUGAGGCGGCGGGGCCGCGGGGGUUGCUAUGGCGACGGGGGUGGGGUGGGGGGAGGCCCGUCGCCCUCUGGGGUGGGCGAGGGAGGCCGCCUGGAGGGUCAGGGCGGAGGGAGCCCCUCAGGCAGCGAAGCCAAGUGGCCGGCCAGGUGGACCCCCAAAAUAAUGGGGAGCCCCCCCCAAAAGGCAGGGCCUGAGAGCAGCAGCAACAGCAGCGCUGCCCCCUCUUGCCAUUCCCAGAGGAGUUUCGUCGACUCCAAAAGUGGAAACACAGCAUAGCUGCUGCCAUUAUUAUUAUUAUUAUUAUUAUUAUUAUACGAUACGAUAAUAUUUACUGUCAUUGUCCCAUACAGAACAACGAAAUUGAAAAAAAUCUACAUCAGGCAUUCAAAAACCAACAAGCCAGCUAUCCCAGCCUGGUUAGCCCCCUAAAAACUCUGAUACCCCAUAAUUAAAUACAAUAUAUUCCCACAGAGACUACCUUACACUGCGUUUAAAACCAAAAUCGCAUUAUAUAAUAUUAUUAUCACUAUCACUAUCACUAUUUCUAUUUUAUUUGUUUGUUUGUUAUUGCAUUAUAGUUAUUAGCCACACCUUGUGCAUGACGUGCAGUAUUUUAAGCAAGCCAACGCAUGCGUAUAUUAAAACCAGGUUUUUUAUUUUAAAAAAUGGACAACACAAAAGAAACAAAGGCAGCUCUGCUUUUAAAUGUGUUUGUGGGAGGGGAAGUGGGGAUUAUUGGGGGUUUUUCGUUCUUGCUCUUGUUAUGUGUUUUGUGGUGUGUGUGUUUUUAAAAAAUGGGUUUUUAUGUUGCGAACUGCCCUGAGAGGUAAGGGUAAAGGGCGGUAUGCGAAUUAAUUAAAAGCAAGCUGACUAAAGUAAAAAAUGCAAAAAGUGUUGGGGUUAUGCGCUCCCUCAGUUUGUCCAGUCCUCUUCUAAAGCUAUCCCAAGCUGGUGUCCAUUAGCACAUCUUUCACCUGUAAGCUUCAUGUGAUUUGUUGCUAUUCCAAAUGGGAACUGCAGGAUUAACAUGGAUAACCUAAUGAUGAUUGUGCCAACAAAACAAAACAAAAAACCAGCAGUAGGACCACACCCUAAUGCUGGCACUUGCUUGAGGUACUUCUUAAUUAAGACCAUUCAUCUAUCUAGAUCAGGGGUAGUCAACCUUUUUAUACCUACCGGCCACUAAUGCAUCUUACUUGAUGGUAAAAUUUCCUUACCGCCCACCAGCGCUCGAUGGAAGGAGGAUUCAACUUGUGCCGUAGAACCCCCUUCAGCCCACCUAGAAUCCUUAAGUGCGUGGUAGGGACCAGGUUGACAACUGCUGAUCUAGAUGCUUUAUAUUAGGGAUGCCGGUGGCGCUGUGGGUUAAACCACAGAGCCUAGUACUUGCUGAUCAGAAGGUUGGCGGUUUGAAUCCCCACGACAGAGUGAGCUCCCGUUGCUCGGUCCCUGCUCCUGCCAACCUAGUAGUUCAAAAGCACGUUAAAGUGCAAGUAGAUAAAUAGGUACCGCUCCAGCGGGAAGGUAAACAGCAUUUCCUUGCGCUGCUCUGGUUCGCCAGAAGCGGCUUAGUCAUGCUGGCCACAUGACCCGGAAGCUGUACGCCGGCUCCCUCAGCCAAUAAGGCGAGAUGCGCGCCACAACCCCAGAGUCGGCCAUGACUGCACCUAAUGGUCAUGGGUCCCUUUACCUUUACUAACAUUUUAUAUUGUAAGCUGCCUUGAGCAAGGUUUGAACUUUGGAAAGGAGGCAUACAAAAAAAUUGUUGACUGAUUGUUGACUGUUUGGUAGGUUAGGCUGAGAGGCAACAACCAGCUCCCAGGGUCACCCAGUGAGCUUUGUGGCCAAGUGGGGAUUCCAGUGCUGUUCUCUUCCAGGUCCUUGUCCAACACUCACAUAUCUCUCUCUCAUAUGUGUGUUUGUGUGGUAACAACCUUUCCUUUCUGUUUGUUGAUUCUAGUCUUUUCCCACUAGCCUGCCUCCUCCAGUGGUGCCCAUCUCUGGCCGGUGCACCAUGGCGCGUUACCACAUCCGUGAGUACCGCCCCGAGGACUACGAGACGGCGCGCGACUUGUUUGCCACAGGGAUGAGCGAAUAUGUGCCCACCCUGUGUGUGCACAUGCUGAAGCAGCCCUGGCUAAUCCUGCUUCUGGCCUGCACCUUCUGCUUGCUGCUGACCAGCUCCAAAUCGCUCCUGCUGCCCAUCCUGGCCGUCACCCUGCUCCUGGCCGUCGGCCGGCAACUCCUAGGCUACAUCUGGUCCAUGUACAUCGACCACUGCUUGCAGGAGGACCUGCUGGACAUCAAAGCUGCUUACCUGGGAGACAAGGGCUCCUGUUUCUGGGUGGCUGAGGCAGAUGAGUGUGUGGUGGCCAUUGUGGGUGCCAGGCCCUCUGAGGAACACCUGGGAGAGCUCAUGUUGAAGCGCAUGUCAGUUCGGAAGGACUAUCGUGGCCUUGGCAUUGCCAAGGCCCUCUGCAGGACCGUGAUCUCCUUUGCCCGAGAGCAUGGCUACCAGUCUGUGGUGCUGAACACCCUCAUGGUGCAGCAUGAGGCCCGCGCCAUGUACGAGGGCGUCGGCUUCCGCAUGUACCACCACUAUGUCCUGCCCACCAUCUACGGCAGGUUGGCCAACUGCACCGUUUCCAAGUAUCGCUAUGAUAUCCCCUCCGUGGACUGAGGAGGGAAACCGGGGAGUGGUCGGUGGUGUCUGCUUGGGUCUGGUCUUUCAUCCCAUUUGUCCCUUGGGCAUUUGGUGCUGUUGAUUACGUGGUGCCAAGAGAAUUGGAAGUGGUUUGUUCUGGUGCUGAGCAAAGGGGUGUUUCCUUUCGGACUUUUCCAGUUUGCUGCAGAGGGCACUUGACAGCCAAGUUUCAAGGAAUUCUAGUAAAGAAGGAAACCGUAACUAGUAAUAUUUCCAGAAGGAUCCUUUCCUUUUUGCUUCCAAGGUGCUUGUAAGAAAAUGGGAGUCCUGGUUUGGAAGGGGUGUGUGGCUUUACAGGACUGAGUUUUCAUUGCUGGAGAAAGUGGGCUUCUCUGUUGGCCUCAUCUCAGCACUUCUGAACUUGCACAGAAGCCGCUCUUUGCCUUGUUCCUUGAGAGGACUGUUGCUGGCCCAAGUGGCAAGCGACCGGCCCAAGAGCCAGAGUGCCAGAAGAGACUAUUGCUGCUGUCACAAGGGCCUUUGUUCUUUUCUUUUUUGCCUUCUGGGAUGGGCUCAGGCCUCAGAGGCCCUUCCAUCACAUCACCUUGAUGCAAAGAUUUCUGUUUGUUUCCUCAGGGCAUACAGCACAUUGAGCUCUGCGUCCGACUAAAUGUGCAGGAAAUUCAUUCUUCGUGCUCUUCAGUGCAACCCAAAUGCUGCUGUUUUCAGAUGGAACAUAACCUCUUAACUACAUUCAUUUGAACUAGCUUAAUAACUCCAGCAGUUGUCUUUGGCAGAGAUCUGUGUCUCUGGUGUGUCCUUUGAGAUGUGAUCCUACCUGAGGAGAUAAUGCUUUUCCUUCUUUGCGUUCCCUACAUUAUGGUCGCAAAAUUAUGACUACUGUUUCUAUAAAUCAAGGGCCAAGAAUAAAUCUCUCCGAUACAUUUGUACAGGGGAA